UGAAAUACGAGUGACAGUGUAAUCAACGUGUAACAAAUGUAUGAACGUGUUAAAUUCUAAAGACCCAAACGGCGUGUAUUUUCUUGCUCCCCGCGAUACCGCCAAUCUCUUUUUGUUUGAAAAUAACUUUUGAUGAUGUCAUCGGAAUGAACUUUUUGUACUUAUUUUUUUCUUCUACAAAACGGAAAUGCGCCGUUUUUACAUAUGUAGACACUGGUAUUGUUCUGGAGAUACUCGAUAUGAGUUUGAAAAGUGGCGGAAUUACCCUUUAACACAAAAACAGUGGUAGUCAAUGAUUGGAAAGUACAUUAGCCUUUUCUGCCCAUUCGUUUGGUGUCUAUUCCGUGGGUGUAUAACUCACAGAAGGGAGAGUGGGCAGUGUUUGGAGUAUCAUCAUAUCCAUGGAGGACAGGGGAGAGGGGGAAGAGCCUGCAGCCGGUCUGCACUUUGUGGGCAUGAAGGAGGACCUGAUAAAAGCCAAGCGGUCGUUCAGGACCCUGGAGGGCAGGGACAUACUGGUGCUCUAUCACCAGGAGAUGUUCUAUGCUCUGGAUUUCCACUGUUACCAUGCUGGGGGACCAUUGCAAAAUGGAGACAUAGAGGAAUUUGACGGCAAGCUGUGCAUAGUGUGUCCAAAGCACAAGUACAAGAUCUCUCUCGCUGAGGGGGAGAGCAUCUACAGGGCCACCAACCCUUAUGACCCAGUGCCCACAACAAGGUGGUACUCCAAGGGCAUCAAACAAAGAGUCCACACGGUGACCGAGACUGACGGGGACGUUUAUGUCACACUGUCCCACAUGUCCCGUUUUAUCGAGUCUGACUACUUCCAGGGAGAGAAGGGCAAAGCAGAGAGGGAGAGAAUGGAGGCCGAAGAUUCUUCUAAGAAAUCUAACACAACCUCCUGAUGGACUGUAUGUCAAUAGUCUAAAAUGGCUUCCUCUCCUUGCCCCCUCAUCUGCACUGAUCUGAAGGGAAGGUGAUGGAGGCAAGUAGAGGAAGCCAGGUCCAACUAUUAACAUACAUUUGGGGUUUUCCUAAAGUUUACUUGUCUUCAAAUGGGGAUGUAGUAAUUAUGGCAACCUUGACAUUUGAUUUGUGUCCAGAGACUUGAGCAGCCAAUCAGAUCUCUGACAUAAAUAUGCUAAAGGCAGGAUGUGAGUGGUCGUUUUUAAACUUAGUUCAAUCACAUGUUUCCGUAAUGUAUGGGGUAGGGGUAACAUUAUCGGGGUUUUUUUGGUGAACAUUUCAUACAUUCCACAAGAAUCUGUUUUUAUGUGUUUUAGGCUAUCACGUUACGUUAUCUUAUACAGAUUAUCUCGCUCACUGCUCAGCCGACUUGUGAAUUGUAGCUCCUCACGUGGGAUGACUUAAGUCUACCUGGAGAGCACAACACUCCUGUGGUUCAGUAAUAAAGCUAAUAAAACGA